AGCCAUAUCUCCUCUUCUCCAUCUCCCAUGCAUGCAUGGCUUCUCUUCCGCUCAAGACCACACCAACCCCACAACCUUCACUGCCCAGGCAUGCCAAGAUCCAAAAUCCUCGCAAUUCGACUCAAACCCACUUCGCCAAUCCUUCCUCGGAUGCAGAGAUCGACCGUAGAGUCGCCCGCAAGUCUCGCUUCGCCGGCGUGUCGGCGCUCUGCAAGGACGGCCGGGUCCAGGAGGCCGUGGACCUGGUCACCCAGAUGGAGCUCCGGGACGUCCGGCCCGGGCCCGAGGUGUACGGCGAGCUCCUGCAGGGGUGCGUGCGCGCGCGGGCUCUGUCGGCGGGCCGCCAGGUGCACGCUCGGGUGGUGAAGAGCGGUGAGUCCUUCGCGAGGAGCGAGUACAUUGAGACGAAAUUACUGAUUUUUUAUGCGAUGUGCGACGCUGUGGACGCUGCGGAUGUUUUGUUUUGCAGGCUGAGGGUGCGAAACGUGUUUUCGUGGGCCGCCGUUGUGGGGUUGCGCUGUAGGGUGGGGCUCUGUGAGGAGGCCUUGGUUGGGUACUGCGAGAUGCGGGAAGAUGGUGUUUCGCCGGACAAUUUCGUGGUCCCGAAUGCGGUGAAGGCGUGCGGGGCUUUGAUGCGGGUUGGGUUCGGGAAAGGGGUUCAUGGAUAUGUGGAGAAGAUGGGUCUUGGCGGAUGUGUCUUCGUGGCGAGUAGUCUCGUUGAUUUUUACGGGAAGUGUGGGCUUUUGGAGGACGCGCGCAAGGUGUUCGAUUCUAUACCUGAGAGAAAUGCGGUCGCUUGGAACUCGAUUAUAGUCGGCUAUGUUCAGAAUGGGAUGAACGAGGAAGCGAUGGAUGUGUUCUAUGAUAUGAGAGUCGAAGGUAUCGAGCCCACGCGAGUUACUGUGUCGAGCUUCCUUUCGGCAUCGACAAAUAUAGGUGCCAUCGAGGAGGGCAUGCAGGGGCAUGCAAUUUCUGUUUUGGCAGGAUUAGAACUGGAUGAGAUACUAGGUACUUCCAUUGUAAACUUUUAUGCUAAGAGUGGUCUGAUGGAGGAUGCUGAAUUGGUUUUCGACAGGAUGGUUGAAAGAGAUGUGGUGACAUGGAAUUUGCUUAUAUCUGGAUACGUUCAAAAUGGACACGUGGAGAAGGCACUGGAAACGUGCGAUGAAAUGAAACUUGAACACUUGAGAUUUGACUCUGUGACGUUAGCAUCUCUGCUUUCUGCGUCAGCCAAGACACGAGAUAUAAGACUUGGUAAAGAGGCUCAUGGUUAUUGUAUCAGAAAUAAUCUCGAAGAUGAUGUUGUGGUUUCGAGUAGCAUUAUGGAAAUGUACUCUGCUUGUGACAGAAUCGAGUCUGCGAGAGACGUUUUUGAUUUUACCAGAAGAAGAGACCUUAUAAUGUGGAAUACUCUGAUCGCUGGUUAUGCUGACCUCGGUGCAAGUGGUGAGGCCUUGAAAUUGUUCUAUCAGAUGCAACUAGAAGGGGUGCUGCCAAAUUUGAUAUCAUGGAACUCGUUGAUUCUCGGGUUCCUGAGAAAUGGAGAGGUUAACGAGGCUAAGAACUUUUUCUCGCAGAUGCAAUCUCACGGUGUUCGGCCCAACUUGCUCACGUGGACCACCCUUAUCUCUGGCCUGGCUCAAAAUGGCUUUGGCGACGAAGCAGUUCAGAUAUUUCAGCAAAUGCAAGAAGCUGGUAUUAGACCUAAUAUCGUGUGCAUUGUUUGCGUGCUUUCUGCUUGCAGAGAUGUGGCAUCGCUUCGAUUGGGAAGAGCCAUCCAUGCCUAUGUCUUGCGGCAUAACCUCGCUUCAUCCUGUAAGAUCACAACAUCUUUAACAGACAUGUAUGCUAAAUGUGGAAAUGCUGAGGAAGCAAAGAGGUUCUUUGGUACAAUCUUAAUCAAAGAUACCGCAAUCUAUAAUGCAAUGAUCUCGGGUCAUGCACUACAUGGUCGAGCUCAUGAAGCCCUAGCACUAUACAAACAUCUAAAAGACGAUGGUCUCGAACCAGAUGGCAUCACAUUUACUAAUGUCUUGACCGCAUGCAACCAUUCUGGGCUGCUAAAUGAAGCUAUGGACGUUUUUAAUGACAUGGUCUCCAAUUACCAUGUGAAGCCGAGUAUCGAGCAUUACGGGUGUGUGGUGAAUCUACUCUGUCGGUGCGGCUAUUUGGAAGAAGCAUUUGACUUGUCGCAUACAAUGCCUUAUGAGCCAGAUGCACGUAUUCUGGGAUCCUUGCUUGCUGGUUGCAGAGAACACGGAGAAAUCGAACUUGGGGAGUAUUUGUCCAAACAUUUGCGAGAAUUGGAACCCGAAAACUCGGGAAAUUACGUGGCACUUUCUAAUUCAUACGCAAUGAUGGGGAAGUGGGAUGAAGUGUCUAAGGUGAGGGGAAUCAUGAAAUCGAAAGGACUAAGGAAGACUCCUGGGAGCAGUUGGAUUCAAGUCAGGGGAGAGGUUCACGUGUUCCUCGCCGGAGACAGGUCGCGUGCGGAAAUCAGUGAGAUAUAUGCAGUGUUGGUGUUGUUAGACGUGGAAAUGCGAUCGGCACAAUCCUGCAAACAUCCUAUGAUUCGCGAGGGUGAACACCUUACUUUCCAACCGUGGGACUUCCUGAUUCGACAGCCGAAACUAUAAUGAACAACAUCUGACAUGUCGAUGGCGAAAUUGGAGUUCCCUGGAUGCCGGUGUUUCGGCAUCUGCAGAAGUUGCGAGAUCGCAUGUACCUUGAAAGGUUGCCGUUUCUCUAGGACAUGCCGAAGUGUAUAGUUUUUGCAGAGCAUGUGUAAUUACUAGUGAAGAGUGCUUGUCCACACGUUGAAGAAAAGGAGAACCAAGGAGACGACUCGGGCGCCAUGGCAGUGGUAUUAACUAGACGACCAUGGUUGAAGGUUAUAUCUUUCUCUGUUUAGAUCAUUGAGUUCCUCUUGUUGCAGAAAAUCUUUUAUACCUUGAGAAAUUUUUUUAAAUUUUCUAGUAUCUAAGCGCAAAUUUCUCGUUCAUCCAAGUUAAUCAUCGCAUGCUAAGCUAUACAAAAUUCCUUACUUUGUUUCUAUCAAGCCUAUAGAACUUUUCAUGUGGUGGCCGAUUUGAAUGGAUAAAAUUGCCUUCUCUCAAAA